AAACACAUGAACGUGAUGUUUCAUACGGCAUUGAACCGUCAGCAACUGAAAUUUACCUAAGUCUCAGAGUUUGCGUCGUAAGCAGUGAUAAACUGCAUUUCUCUCCGCCGAGCUGGAGCGCAUCGCCGGCUUCGAAUCCCACCUUCGUCGAACACUACCGAGUGUGCACCGUCGAUUCAAGAAGGGCGCUACAAGCUGGCAAAGCCCAAAACGAACCGGCGUAUGCCGGCGAGGACUCAUGUCUUCUCCACCUAACAAACAGGGCUACCUCUCAGGUCUUGCUUCGUACUCUCCCUGGAGCUCUCGAAGUGCCACGCCGAAGCCUCCGGCUCCGGACAAGAAACACGAGGACCCUACUUUUGAGCCGCAAAGAGGUGGAGAUCAUUCUGUCAGCAAGCGGCAUAGACUGUCGCUGAAACAGUACCCAAGCGAUUGCCCUCCUCUAGUUGUAAGGUGGUUCCAUGCCGUCGACAUACCCAAGCGUAAGCCGCUGCAGACCCAAACUUCCGAGGGGAAAGCUGCCCCACAACCAAAGAAAUACGUGCCUUUUUCUGAGCGAGACUCGAGAGCAAUAGAGCAUGCAUAUCAAAAGGGUGGCGAACAAGAUGAUGUAGCAGACAGAGAGCGUUUGGCUCAGGGACAAGCACCGGAGCUCGAUAGGACAGGAGAUAUAGGGCUCUCGGCAGAUGACAGGCGUGGCACCAAGCUCAGGAGAACUGCUGAGGAGCAGGAGGAUACUUCUGUCAAAGUGCCGGUCAACGAAGACUUUCUCUUCGACGUAGAUGUCGAACGGAGAGAGCUAGCUCCAGCAUACUGGCUGGGUCCUGUCUACGAUUGUCGUCGAGGCACAUGGUUUGCAACUGAUGGCUCGUCUUUGAAGCCUCUGGAUGAAAAUCUAGCUACACAGCUCGAAGAGGGAUAUUUAAAGCUGAAACCCUGGCGUUUUCCAAAAGAGCAGCCCAACAAGUCUUCUCCACAAGCUUCAAAGCCUCGAUCAAGACCCUCUUCGUUUGCUCUGGACUCGAAGAAAUCCGUGACACCUAAGAAUUCCAACGACAGUCUAAAAGGUCAUGGCGACACGGCUGCCGUGCCAAAUGAGGCGAUUCAGAGAACGUUCCGCUUAUUUGGCGCGCAUAUGAACUCGGUCGUCACUUACCAAGACGAAAAGACUGCUUGGAUCAUGUCAGAUGAUUUCUUGUCAGGCAUGCGGGGCACAAUGUACGAGAGAUUUGCUGGAGCCGCUCAUUAUGCUGGCCUGAAAGUUGUGCGGGGCUUCACAGACGCAACGCCUAAGAAAGAAUCCAAAGAUAAUGAUAAGCCAGUAGAUUCGUCUCCAAGACUGGGGUCCGAAGAAAAAUUAAAGGAGAAAGAGGCGGAGAAAGAGAAGGAUGAGGAUAUAAUUUCCCCAAGCUUGAGUCGUCGGAUCACUCUGGAACGGCAGAUGUCCUCUCUUGUUGAAUCCGGUGCCUUUGAAAGUCGUGAAAGCGAGGAAGAGGAACUACGCAAACGGGACGAAAAAGAAAUAGAGAACGACUAUGUCGAGGCUGAUGGCGACGAGCAAGGCAGAGAAAUUGAACACCUGAUCCUUGUGACCCACGGCAUCGGCCAGCAGCUGGGUUUACGCUUUGAGAGCGUGAAUUUCAUACAUGAUGUCAACACUUUGCGAAAGACGUUGAAAUCAGUGUAUAGCAAUUCACCCGACCUUCAAGCUUUGAAUGCGGAGGUUGGCAAGCCCCAGAAAAACUGUCGGAUUCAGGUCCUGCCCAUAUGCUGGCGCCAUCUCCUGGACUUUCCAAAGCAAAGCUUGAAGUAUAAUCGUAAAGAGCAUGACCUUGGCGAUGCACAUGAAGAGGAGGACGAGAAGUAUCCAAGUAUCGAUGAUAUCACCGUCAACAACGUCUUCCGUAGCUUCAUCACUGACCUGGCUCUUGACAUCUUGCUUUAUCAAUCGCCUGCAUACAAAAUUCACAUCACGCGCAUUGUUUUAAACGAGUGUAAUCGGAUAUUCCGCCUUUUCAAACAGCGAAAUCCGAAUUUCAAAGGCAAAGUGAGCCUGAUGGGCCACUCGCUAGGCUCUGCAAUCAUGUUCGACAUCCUUUGCAAUCAGAAGGCGGACACCAACGGCAACAGACGCCACAGCAUGAGCAGUAGUCGACGCAAGACCGAUGACGAAAUGCAAUUCGAAUUUCCAGUCGAGGACUUCUACGCAUUGGGCUCCCCUAUUGGUCUUUUCCAGAUGCUCAAGGGUCGAACUAUCGCAGCACGAACCCCAAAUGUUAAGCCGGCGCAAACACCAUUUUCUGACAUAGACGAUCCUUUUGCGACAAGAACUGAGUCCAACUAUUUCGAGAACACAACUUCGUCGCCCAAGUGUCAACGAUUAUACAAUAUUUUCCACCCUACGGAUCCGAUUAGCUACAGACUUGAGCCGUUGAUCACACCAGCAAUGUCAAAUAUGAAGCCCCAGCCACUACCCUACACCAAGAAAGGACUUUUUGGUAAUCCGGCACAAGGAAUGGCAGGUAUUGGUGCUCGUGUUGGGCAGAGCGUUUCAGGUUUGUGGACUGGCUUGACCAGCGGAAUCGCAAGCAGUCUGUUAUCGCGGAGCCUGGGAAUAUCAGCUGAUGACCCAACGAAGAGCCAGCAGGGCAAAGCAUCAUCGCGAAAUCAGGCUACAAAUACAAGUGCGAAUGGAGCUGGCAAUGUGGCUCAGCAGUCCGGACCUUUUGCAUCUAGCGACGCAGAAAAGCUUAUCCGGGGCGACCUGACGGUCCGGACUGGGGAAGACGGGCAGCAUCCACCCACACUUCUGGACGACGAAAUCGAGACGCUGUACUCCGGCUUCAAGAAGCAGAGCGUCACAUCAUCAAACCCUCUGGAAAGAGACGACCAGCGUCGCGACAUUGAAGAGCAGGCUCGAAAGCUGAAGAGAGAGGAAGCAAAAGUGCGAGCGUUGAAUAGCAAUGGGCGAGUAGACUAUAGCAUUCAAGAGGGAGCCUUUGACUUGUCAUUGCUGGCUGGCAUUGCAUCGCACCUUUCCUAUUGGGCUGAGGAGGAUGUAAGCCACUUUGUAAUCUCACAGUUGCUCUCCCGACAUCGAGUCCUGCGCAAUGAGACGCAGCGGAAAGGUGAUGCUUAGGUUGCGAAAGGUCUCACCAGUUUAACAUAGAUUGGCGUUGGCUGUCCCAGGACAUUUAGUGUAAGGUAACGCGAAAACACAGGGCGUCGUAUGGGUUGCAGGAGUGUUGGCAAAUGAUCAGCAAACACAAAGACCACGCAUAGGUAUCGCGAUUGAGUAGAUCGUAGCCAGUCAAAAAGUAGCUCAAGUUCUGAACG